UAACAUAACUGGAAACGUCAAUGUACAUAUUAUAAACAGACCGCAACUCUCAUUACCUGUCCAAAAUUCCCCAAAGAUUCUGUCAUUGGUUAGUUUUCCAAACGACCCAGAAACUGUCGCCACUAGUUUUCGUAGCUACUACGAAAGCUAGAAAGAGUCAAUUAACGUUUUCGAUCUGUAAAUUAGAGUGCUGAUAGAGAGACCCAUUAUUUGUGUCCGCCUCUCUCCCAUAUUUCAGUCAGUUUCUUCGAAUGACAAAGCAGAGGGAUGAAAAUGAAAAGGAGGAGAGGGUUGUGUUAAUGGAUGGGGUUUUAGAGGGGAUGCCCCUCUUUGCAAAAGAAUUAAUAGCUGGGGGUGUGGCUGGUGGAUUUGCUAAGACUGCUGUUGCCCCUCUUGAGCUUAUCAAGAUCUUAUUUCAGACCAGACAAGCUGAAUUUCGGAGUUUGGGGCUGUCCGGAUCCUUUACAAAGAUUGCUAAGACAGAAGGAGCUCUCGGAUUUUUCAGGGGAAAUGGAGCUAGUGUUGUUCGCAUUGUGCCUUAUGCUGCUUUGCAUUUCAUGGCCUAUGAGGAGUACCGCCGCUGGAUUAUACAGAGUAUUCCUGGAGUUGGGAGAGGUCCAGUUCUAGAUCUUGUAGCAGGAUCGUUUGCUGGUGGGACUGCUGUACUUUUUACCUAUCCACUUGAUUUAGUUCGAACUAAAUUGGCUUACCAGGUUGUUGGAUCCCAGAAGUUGAAUGUACAAGGGCCUGCUACAGGUGAACAGUUUUACAAAGGGAUACGGGACUGCUUCUCAAAGACAUACAAGAAAGCUGGAAUAAGAGGGCUGUACCGUGGUGUUGCACCAUCACUCUAUGGAAUCUUCCCAUAUGCGGGGCUAAAAUUUUACUUCUAUGAGAAAAUGAAAAGCCAUGUCCCUCAGGAGCGAAGGAAGUCUAUCGCAGUAAAACUAGCAUGUGGAUCUGUUGCAGGACUACUAGGUCAGACUUUCACUUAUCCCCUAGAUGUAGUGAGAAGGCAGAUGCAGGUACAACGACUCUCCGCAUCUAGCAGCAGCCAUGAAAUGAAAGGAACGCUUGAUACUCUUGUUAUGAUUGUACAAAGACAUGGAUGGAAGCAACUAUUUUCUGGGUUGAGCCUCAAUUAUUUGAAGGUUGUACCAUCCGUGGCAAUUGGAUUUACUGUUUAUGAUUUGAUGAAAUCAUACCUGAGAGUACCAUCAAGAGAUGAAGCUGUUGUAGAAGUUGUUACCAGCCGCAGAAAUAGUAAACCAUCAUCCCUGCACUCUUAACAAAAUCUUCUCAGGCUCAGAAUUGGACUUCUAAGUUUGUACAUCCAUUCUUUUAAGAACAACACAAGCAUAAAUGUUCUUUGAAUAAGUAGUUGACUCAUCAAGCAAUUAGAUGAGACUGCUGCUCAUUGCAUCUAUAACUAGGUAGGAUCCUUUCUGUAUAUAGACACAAUUACAUUGCAAAUGUGUGGAUGAAGCUUGACUUCUUGUAAAUGAAAGCUCUCAUCCCAUCAUGUUAUACAACUGGUAACUCUUUUCUUGGAC